AUGACUCUCAAGGUGGAGAAUCUGUGGAGUAGCCAAGGUUUAACACCUCACAAGUUUUGUUCACGUUUUGCACAUGUCGACGCGGAAAAGCGGAAAAAGCGAAAGGAAAAGUGCUUAUUCGAGCAGCUCACGACAACGCGCGACAUCGCUCCUUCUCAUCAUCAUCAAUGGAGUUUGCGCCUCUUCGGUUCAAAUCAAGAAGGGAACUCAAAUCCAAAUAACAGUGCGCGCGUUCUCUCGGCUUUGCGUUCAAAAAUCUGGAGUUUCCGGGAUUCGACGGUACGAAGAUUCACGUCGCUCCUCUAUCGGCUCAAAGCUUUGAAGAUUACUCUGGUGUCAUUUGCGCACGAUCAAAAGAAGAAGAAAAAUAGAAGGAGCAUCGAAACUCACCGCAUUCAAAUCUUCAAUCUCGACCAGAGAUUGAGGCGGAUCAAGCACUACAUUGCAGAAGGUGGAUUCCAAUUGCGACCGCAGAAUGGAGAAGCUUGCAGAGUGAAGCUUUUAUGGAUGCAAAAUGAAGAAGAAGAACAAAUGCCGAAUGAAAAAGAAGAAACAGUGCAGAACGCAGAAGAAGGAAACAGAUGUAGAAUUAAGCUUCACCAAUCCUCCCCCUAAUUUCUGGAACCGUGAGUGAAUUUAUAGGCUCAAAAAGCUGUUAGAAAUUUACAUGAAAUUCAACUGAAAUUCAGUUGUAAAUUUAGUUAGUUAGAAAUGCGCUUGAAAUUGAAACAAAAUUCAUAUGAAAUGAGCGGUUGGUUAGAAAUUCAGAUAGAAAUGAAAUGAAGUUCUCUUGAAGUUAGAAGUUGGUUAGAAAUUCAGAUGGAAAUGAAAUGAAGUUCUCUUGAAGUUAGAAGUUGGUUAGUAGUUAUUUGUAAAAGCUGUUAGGAUUGGAAUUCAAAAUGAAAUGAAAAUUCUAAUUUAAAUUAUUAUGCUGUUAA